AUGAUGCAAGGUAGAGACCAACAUCAUCAGCAGAAAAAAUUUCGCCCGACGUUCUCGGAUAGGAGAAAGCCAAGUAGUGGCAGGGUCGUUGCAUCUGGUACAUCGACUUCUUCGCAACAAGCGAGGGGAUUUUCACUCGAUCGGGGAAACAACUUCAAAGGAAGCAAUGGCGGUGCGCAGCUGAGAACUGGGGCGGGUGGUAUAGGGAAUUAUAACUAUGGCGCGAUCAAGGGCGGAAACGUUGGACACGCGGCGCAGAGCAGAAAUAUUAAUUUUCACAACAACUCUUCCACUACGCAACAAGAUCAAUAUCUUCAUCUCCAAGGAGCACAGACAAGCAUGAGUGCUGAGAUUUCGGCGAGUACGCGAAAGGUUCACCAGAACUUGUUUGAGGAAAUAAUCCGGCGGAACGCGACCUACGGGCAACUGCUGCAAAAAAUCAAGCAAGCCUACGAGCAGGAACUGGACCGGAAGAUGGCGAUAGUAUAUGCAUUGCAAAAAUGUCUGGGUCUGGAAGAAUGGAAGCUUGUGAUGCGCAUUUCAGAACACAGAAAAAAUCUCUCAUGCAUAGACAGCAUAAGUUGCCCACUUUCGGUCACCAAAAUGAGGGAUUUGUCAUGCGGAUUCGGCAUUGCGGAAGCUUUUCGAAGUCUGUGAUGCUAGAGCUUCCAUGCCAGACCUUCUGUGUCAUGCAAAAACAACAUGACUCUCCCAGACCCAGACAUAUUUGCGUUUGAUAGAGUACCUGCUGGAGGAACUGGGGGCAAGGGUGGCGGGAAAGGUACUUCCUACGUAUGUCGGAAGAACAAGCACAGAUUGUUUUUAUUUGGUCUGUGUAUAGCAAAGUCAGUCACGUAGAACUAGGAGUAUGGAUGGUAACUAACUAACAUCAUGUUGAACAUGAAGUCAAGAUGUAGGUUCACAACAACGGAAUAAAACUUCGUCCAAAAAAAUAAUAACCCACAGCUCUUCACGACCAACACUUUCACCACCAGGACAGCACCCUGACCCGCGACUAUCUUCUCGCGGAGCGGCGCAACGAGAACGCGAAACUAGAAUUAGAGAAGCUCACGAAUGACUUGAGGCAGGAAAGCGAUAAGCUACAGAAAUCGCAGAAGCUUUUCGAGUACACCCUCGACCAACUGCAGAGACGAUCGCCGGCCCAGCGGUCGGAAAAAUCCUUAGCGUUGCUCUCUUCCAUCGAACCCAGCGGCAUGAACGAACUAGACACCGAGGACGGCCAGACCCCAGGUGGGCACAUUCUUUUUUCCGAAAGCAACUAUUUAAACAGCAAAAUGGACAAGACCAACUCGGUCAACAUGCUCUUCGACGCGUUAAACGGGAUGGACAACAGCUUCUACUCUGCCGGAAAUAUCACGGGAACUUCGAUUACGCGUUGCAAAUAUAAUGAUGAUUUCUGGACGUCUGGAGAGUUGUGAAGAUGCUCCUGAUGUGUGGAAGUUGUAGAUGAACUUGAAGAACUAUUGAAAGAAAAAACUGUGUUAGUGUAGGUGUUGGAAAAAUCACUACUUUUUUUGAUAUGCAAAACUAAAAAAUUCUCAAGCUGCGGCGCAAUCAACGACCUGGUAUGUGUUGACGUUUAUAAGGUGAAUUUAUAUAGUCAAAACUAGCUACGGCUGCUGCGGUAUAUGUGAAUAGUUAAGGAGGCAGGACUCCAAAAGUCCGAACGCGGAAAGUAUAAGGAGGCCGAAAGUUCCAGAACCCGCGCGCGAACGGCGUUGACUGCAAUUCGGGCAGGGAAAACAGAAAAGUGAAAGUGUAGGCCACAUUCCGGAAAAGGGAAAAUGACGAGUGUAGCAGAGAAACUCUUCUCCUUGGGGGGGUCGAAAGGACGUCCAGAAAUCGCACUACACUCGUUCGGAUCUCUUUUCCAAGAUGGCCAUUUACAGUGAUUCUUUUUUCUUUUUAUAGGUGGGGAUUAGGAAAGAGAAAAUUGCCAGUGUAGCAUUUUCAUUAUCGCGCUGGGGGGGUGGUCGGGGGGGGUCGAGAAAGUGCCUCGAUUUCAACGCGACCUGAAGAGUUGGCUUUGCGCUUACAAUCAUAAAAUUAUCUUUUCCGCCUCCAAUUCUUCGGACUUUUCUCUUCUCAAAAUGAAAACGCAACAAGGGCCGGCAUGGAGGAGUACUACGACGAUGCCCAGCGGGUUUCGAAGCAGAAACAUAAGCCCUGCCUCCUUAACUAGCUAAAGACAAUUAUUACCGAGGCAGCCGCUAGCUACUUGUAUUCCAAGCACCACAACACAGGCAGCAUUAAGAAAACCGGACUUGCCUGCUCUUGAAAAAAUCUUGAGCCUCCGCUAUUAAAAAAUAUCGCACUUUCUGAAAUACCUACACUAACACAGUUUUUUCUUUCAAUAAGAACACAGCACUUCCGAACUACGCACGGAAGCAUGACACGCUUGCAGAAUGCCUUCUAUUACGCAGUUCUUGUCCGCAUCAUGAGCUCCUGCGCACAGAAAAAUAAAUGUAAGGCCAGCAACGUAUUUACACAAUUACAAGUUCCAACUUUAUCCCAGAACCAGGCAUAGAAAUUUGCACUCCUGGAUAUCGAUGCUCGGGACGAACAACACGAUCAACACAAACAACACCACGCUGCACAACAUCAACUCGAAGUUGGAAGUGCAGAAGGUGAAGGGCUCGAAGAUAAAGCUGUCGACUAACACUAGCAUCAGCAACAACGACAACUCAAGCAAUAACUUAAUGCUGGCCGAGCCGACUCCGGCGAUGCUCGAUGAGAAACAGAAGGAGCUGUAUGACAGUGCACAACUCCCCCUCCCCCUCAUUUGUUUGUCAUGAGCAGCAAUGCAAACACCAGCACACGUGGAGCCUCGGCAUGACUGAUGUAGUACUGUUUGGGCUUCAGAAUCUGCCAUGCAAUAAACAGUGCCACGAGGCAGCGACUGGGUUUGGUGUUUUGCAUGACAAAUGAGGGGGAAGGGGAGUUGUACAAAUUCAUUAGCUGAUGAAACAGCCAAGAAACGAGUUGGAUGGGGGUCGUGUGGAAAAUUUUGUCGGUGACAGGUAAAGAUAAGUACUCAUAUUGCUUUUACUGCCGAUGCAAUGCUGGUCUAGCGCACUGUAUGUCUAUGGCAACGCAGACUGACUGCAGUAUAUCCUUGCGGGUGAUAUUUUGCCGCAUGGUGUCAUGGGCUAAUUUUUCUAAGCUGCGAAUAGCAUGCAGGAAAAUGUUAUGCAACAUGGUAUGAUAGACGACGUAAAAUAGUGGUUUCAAUACAAAUGAUCAUGAUUUCGCAGGAACGUUAUAACGUUGUAUGAAAAAUCAAUAUAAACGACAAAUACACAGGGUCACGGCCCAAGUCAUUCACGGUUCUCCGGAAUUCAACAUGCCGACUGUGCACCAAAUAAACCACGACGGGGGAGCCUCUAUGCAUUGCAAAAGUAUCGUACUCGUACUAAAACUAAUCGCGUUCCUGCAUUACAAAUUUCUUGCUCACGUUAAGUCCGCAUUACAAAUUUCAUUUCUCAUGCCGAGGAAAUUUGUGAUGCGCUUCGUGCUGGUAAGAUAAUUUUGCAGUGCAUAGCCUCCAUUUCGCAGCAAAACAGCGCAACGAAGAACAACAACAGGAUGAAUGUUCUCGCGAGUCCGAAUUCGCAAGAGUCUUGCGAACUGCUGAACCAAGCGAUACUGAGCUCGCCGGUUUCCGAUUUGAGCUCAAUCACGGGUGGGUGUGGUGCUGGUGCAGGUGGUGUCUCAGGACUGACGAACAACACACUGAUAUUAAACAACGGAGGAGGUGUAGGUGGUACUAGUGGGGCACAACUUUUAUCCUCCUCGUCGGGAGUAAUAAACAACAGCGGGAACAACAGCAGCUCGAGUCUUUUGAUCCCAACGCUUUCAGAAGGUGGAGGGAAUGGGAUCCCACCUCCGCGAGAGCCGAACUCUACCAUCGGAACGAAUCAACAGCUGAAUCGGACAAGCUCUUUGACGGCAUUGCAGGGCAGCUUCAUGCAGGAGGGACAAAUUCCGAUUGGUUUUGGUAGCCGGCCACAGGAGCAGCUGCAGGGAGCAGAAAUAAACGUGUCUAGGGCGGGAGCAGACAGUAUCCACAGUAAAUUUCCCGUACACGUAGAAAUGCGGUCUCUGCAUGACAAAACUUGGCUUCGAUCCUAGUUUAGCAUGACAAGUUUUACGCUCCAAAAUGGUGAAAUUUGUGAUGCAUCUUGUACAUAUACGGGAGAUUUGUAUUCCAUAGACAGCAACACAAAUUCCGCGACUUUGAACUCGAAUUUUAGUACGACGCCAAACAUGUUGAACCUAACGCUGACGCCGAACAUGCUGCGAAACGAAAUCGGCAGGGGCAGUGCGGGAGUUGUUGGCACGACACUGUCGAACGGCAUGACAGAUACCUGCUACGGGGAAAUGGACCAGAUGAUGGAAGUACCCUGUGCAAAAGUAUCGUACUCGUAUUGCAAUCAUGCAUGACAAAUCCACCUUUUGUUAAGGUAAAUCCGCAUUACAAAUUUAAUUUCUCAUGCUGAGAAAAUUAUUUGUAAUGCAUUUAGGCGAGUGCGAUACUUUUGCAGUUCAUAGGAAGCGUCGCACUACAAAAACCAGGGCACUAGGCCCUCUUCCUCGGUUCCUGCAGAGGAGCUUGUUCACAACGGUACUUCUACGAGGCACAACAAACUUGGAGCUGCCAAGAGGCUGCAGUCAACUCAACAACAAAGCGCCUCUACUUCCUCUGCGGUUGCAAGCGGACCGCCUGCUGCAAUACCAAUACAAAUUCAGCAACAGCAGAAUAUUGCGACGCAGCAAGUUUUUUCGUCUGCAGGCGUAACAAUAAAUCCUCGUGGUCCACCAGCACCGCCCGACAUCGACAGUUCGCUGCGUACGUUGUCACCCUUGGAAACGCCGGAGAAAGUUUUGAGCUUGAAUGCCAAGGCGCGAAUGAAACUCGGUGUGGAAAACAAAGUGGAUCGCUACGUCCAGGAACUGGAGAUGGAGGACGAGGAAGCAUCUUCGGAAAGCUGUGGUCCUCACCACGGUGCUGGACGAGGACCUGCUGCGGUGUUAACAAUCCCGAAGAUCCAGGAGCCGCCCGAGGAGGCAGCAACUACUUCCGGGGCCAAUCCCAAUGCCAACUGCGAGGAUAUGCAUGGCAAAAGCAUCGCACUAGUAGAAACCACAUCACAAGUUUUUUCAUUCGAGUACUAGAACAGAAAUGCAAUUUGUCAUGCUAGUUCAGGUGGUAGAAUCAUGCAUAACUACAAGUAGUACGAGAGCGAUACUUUUGCAAUGCAUAGAGGAGCUGCGAGAGCAAUACCACUACGCCUCGGGCUCGCCGUCGUUUCGCGAAGGUGCGACGGCACCGGUUUCCCGUACAAUUUUUGAGAUACUUGAUUUAUUUCCUGAAAUUGUCAACAUGCAGGACACGCAGCAUGAUGAUGAUCGUCUUUGUUGUUGAUUUUUCGCGCAUUACAAAGUACUACUUAAGGUGCCAAAAGCCUUAAAAACUUACUCUGAAAAGCCUCCGAAGCCGAUUCUUCUGUUGAGGGUGGUCCGCGCUUCGAGCAGCGCGUCUUCCAUCCAAAAAUCAAGAGGCCGGACUUCAUUCCAGUUCUUGAUUUGAACAACCUUUCUGCCGAGGAGUCGAGUUACGAGAGCGACGAGGAGGAGGAGGAGGAUCCAGAGGACCACGGCGAUAUGCAUUGCAAAGGAACUCUCGUAUUGCUAAGUAGAAAUUGCAUUACAGAUUUUCUCAGCAUGAAAAAUUGAAUUUGUCAUGCUGUUUUGCCUUCUUGUAAAGGAGAUCAUGUAUAUCUGCAAUUUGUACUUCUAGUACGAGUGUGGUACAACUUUUGCGCAGGAUAGUCGAUGCUGAGGGGGAACUCGACGACCAAAAUCUCAGCGAGGCAACCAUGGACAACGCGCCUAUGUAUCCACAGAAAUAACGAAAAGUACGGGCAUUCCCAUCUUCCGUAUAGUUUGCAUGAUCAAUACAGACUCAGGCCCGGCUUCGUGGCCGCGUUUUGCAUAGCAAAUAGGAAGAUCAACUGGCGGAUAAGAAAAGUUUUCUUGUGGAUACGAAGGAAGAGGACGAGGAUGACCUGGAAGAACUGGAUCAAGGUGCUGGAACAUCAAGCCUCUCACGUAUGAGAGUGAACAGCCCCCCUUUUCCCGCCGUCCUCCCUCGUUUGUAAAUGCAAAAUACCAAAUUCAUAAACUAUAUCCUGCCUGUAAACACUGUCAGCAUGACGAAUUUUGGAACCUCGUCCUCGAACAGUUGCACUCCAAUCCUCCCGGCUCGGCAGCUUUAUUGUGAUUGUCACGCUUCAUCAGCAAUUGCCUGUGUUACUCCUGUGUGUGCCCUACAUGAUCACGACAUGAGAGGGACCACGUCGAGAGGGAGCUGCAGCUGUUGUGCACUUUCAUAUCACGACCAGCGCCUCCAGUUGUGGAGCUCGAUCUCGGAUCUAGCAGCGGCGACGCAGAUAGUGGGCGUAAUUAUGACUACCAAGAAAACGAAAACCACGGACACUACGCGAGCGAAGGCGAGAUCGAAGAAGAAAUUGAGGAGGACAUUGAAGCGGAAGUAGAAGACGAAUAAAAAACCAAGUAAGUAGUAGAUGAUAAGUUGUCACGACCUCCAGAUGUUGAGCUAGGUUUUUUGUGAAAUUGCCAAAGUAGGAAAAUAAACCCCUCGUAGUAGACAGAUCUGUCAGCAAAAAGUCAAUAGAAAUAGUAUUAAAACCCCACUAUUAUUUUUUUCGAAUGAGUUUUUUUUUCUCUGUGUGUGAAGAGGAAGUCGGUGGAGACGAGAAAAUAGAUGGUAAUGCUGAUCUACUUCCAUGAUUUUACUUGUAUUUUCUACAGCCCGCGAGCUUCUACUUCAACUUCUGUGAAAACAUGGCACCAGCAUUAUUCCUAUUUCAUCUUCAUCAAAGUUUAGGCAGGUGCAAAACGAACUUCUACUCUAAGCAGUCGAUGGCCAAAGCUUGCCCUGCUGCAUAACGGUUUUCUUUUUCCACUUCCAAAAAAAUGUUUCUGAAGAAUAAUUUGUUUUUGUGUGUGUAGUGUAACAAGCAGGAUAUUUUUAUUGAAGUUGGCAAAAGUGCUUUUAUCAACAACGGCCUUACUUGUAGACCACGAGAAGGCGAUAUAUUUCCUUCGUUAGAGAUGAGUUCACAGAAAGGGACAUGCUAUUCCAAAUAUCGAUAACCAUAACCGAUCAAAGUGUCGGGGUGAUAAAAAUGAAACCAUGAUUACGUAAGAUUUUGGUAGAAUUCAUUGGUCGAAUUGAAGCCGAUCUCGCUACUAUUGAAUAGUAAUGGAGGCACAAAAUCGAUUUUCUGCUAUUUUCUAGGAAGCUUUAUUUUCCGGAAGUCGGAAAAUCCGGACCGCAGCGAUCUCCCGAGAUCUUUCCGGAAGUCCAGAUCUCUCCGGAAAAUCGAAUGUCCGGCAAGGUGCCGACGUUGUCCAUAGGGUUGAGGGGCUGCAGAAUCGAUUUUGUGGCCGGUAGGGCUCGUUGCCCGUACCUCAUAGGGCGCGCGCUGGGACGGGGGUAGGUUGGUAAGGCAUUGGCGUGGGAGACUGCAUCCGCGAAGAAAGGGCGGACGCACAAAAUCGAUUUUGUGGGAGAUCCGCUAAAGCGCAUAGCUGGAUGGAAGCUCUCCCCCCUUGUCCGUCGGCCCGGCGGAUUGCGUGGCGCACCGCCUCGAUAUUGAGCCACGCAGCCGCUCGAUUCGGUCGGACCUGGGAAGCUGCGAAAUCGAUUUUGUGUGGUCGGGCGAUUGUGUGGCCUUCAACAGCGAUUGCGCGACCCACAACGGCGAACCUGUGGCCAGCACAAAGCCGACCUUUUGGACGGCGCUGCGUUCUGGGGGAAUGGAAAAUCGAUUUUGUGCAAUCUGCGGGAUUGCGCGUCUGGAGGAGGGGUUUUGUGCAAUCCGCGCCUGCGGGAUUCGAUUUUGACUUUGAGUGAUUUUGUGUUCUGCCCUUUGUACAUGACCAGUAGACAGAGCAAAGGCAAGACUCUCGAGAAAUAUUAACCACGCGACACAUAGCGGAAAGCAUCCGAGUUGGGUCGCGAAUCUAAGGAACAACUUUACAACCAGAAGGAAGCUGACAACUAGAAGAGAAACAAAAAAAAAAAAAAAGAAGAAGACGGAAGUGGCGGGCAGGGGCAAACGUGGAGGCCUGGCACAGGAGGAAGGCUGUAUCGGAGGGGUAGAAGAAGAAGAGAAAAGCAC